CAUCUACUAUACUAAUUAAUCAUCCUUGUUUGUUCCAAUUAUUAUUGUCACACAUUGCACUUGAUAUACCAUGGUUAUAAAUACUCAAGUGCAUUAUAUUUCAUUUGCUUUGUUUCUUUGUUUAGGAUUAUGGGCUUUUCAAGCCACAUCUCGUACUCUCCAAAAUGAUCCUAUGUAUGAGAAGCAUGAGCAAUGGAUGAAACAGCAUGGCAAAGUCUACAAGGAUUUACAUGAAAGGCAAAAACGUUUUGGGAUAUUCAAAGAAAAUGUGAAUUAUAUUGAAACUUCCAACAAUGUUGGAAAUAAAACUUAUAAAUUGGGCGUUAAUCAUUUUGCUGACUUGGCUAACCAUGAGUUUGUAGCAUCUAGAAACAAAUUCAAUGGUUAUUUGCAUGACUCAAGUACAACUACUUUUAAGUAUGAAAAUGUAAGUGAUGUACCAACUGCGGUGGAUUGGAGGCAGCAAGGAGCAGUGACACCAAUAAAAGAUCAAGGAAAAUGUGGAUGUUGUUGGGCAUUUUCCGCCGUUGCAUCAACCGAAGGAAUUCAUAAGUUGAGUACAGGAAAUUUGGUUUCUUUAUCAGAACAAGAACUUGUUGAUUGUGACAUAAAUGGUGAAGACCAAGGUUGUGAGGGUGGUCUUAUGGAUGAUGCUUUUGAAUUCAUCAUAAAAAAUAACGGACUCAGCACCGAAGCUGAAUACCCUUAUCAAGGUGUUGAUGGAACAUGCAAUACAAAUGAAAGAGGUAUCUCUGCUGCUACGAUUUCCGGGUACGAGAAUGUCCCCAUCAACGAUGAGUUAGCACUACAAAAAGUUGUUGCUAAUCAACCAGUUUCUGUUGCCAUUGAUGCUAGUGGCAACGACUUUCAAUUUUACACAAGUGGUGUCUUUACCGGUUCAUGUGGAACUGACUUGGAUCAUGGUGUCGCUGUAGUGGGUUAUGGUGUUAGCGACGAUGGGACCGAGUAUUGGUUGGUGAAGAACUCAUGGGGAACUCAAUGGGGUGAAGAAGGUUACAUCAGGAUACAAAGGGGUGUAGAUGAUUCAGAAGGACUAUGUGGCAUUGCAAAGCAACCAUCUUAUCCAACUGUAUAAUUAUAACAUUUAACACCAUGAUUCCUACCUAUGUAUAGUUCUAUUGUAUUUUUAUUUUCUUGUGAAUAUCAUAUCUAUCUCCCAUGCAUGCUUUUGUUUAUAUAUUCAAUGUAUCAUCUACAUGGAACCAUUGUAAUUAUCAAUUACUAUAUACAAUGAAAAAGAGUCAUUUUUAUUA